UGGCUUUCUCCUUAAUUACCCUACAAUUUCCUCUAUCAUCUGAACGACAUUUUGUAUUUCUAUAAUCACGGUUUCGUACGUUGUUUCGUAAGUUACCAGAAAGAAAGUCCUCCAUAAAAAAGGUUGUGCGAUGAUUGUCAGCUUCCAUUCCAUCCCACACCGAGUAAACAAGGACUGAACUUGGACUAAACAAAAAUGGUAAGGACACCUUCUUUUGACAGCCAUGGAAUAAAGAAAGGUGCUUGGAGUGAAGACGAGGACAACAAGUUAAGAGCUCAUGUCGAGAGAUAUGGCCACCCGAAUUGGCGAUUGCUGCCCAUAUUUGCCGGUCUAGCAAGAUGCGGAAAGAGUUGCCGGCUGCGAUGGAUGAACUAUCUGAGGCCCGGUCUGAAACGGGGAAACUUCACCAAAAAUGAAGAGGAUCUCAUCAUCAAACUACAUGCCCAACUCGGAAACCGGUGGUCAGCCAUUGCUGCAAAGUUACCUGGCAGAACUGACAAUGAGGUCAAGAAUUACUGGCAUGCCCACAUAAAGAAACGCAGCAGCAAACGAGACCGUGCGACAAGGAAAGCGAUCAAGCCUGAAACGGCGCAGGAACUCCGAUCAUCUGAAAUCAACAUGUGCACAACUAAUACUGUUCAAGAGGAACCUGCGUCCGAGAACGUUCCUGUCCAAAACCCUAAAACUGUCGUUGCUGUCGACUCAGUUGAACAAGCAGAAGGCGAUCUCUUGGCCGAAUUGGUAAACAGCCAACUCAAGAUAAAUUUGCCUCCAACUGCCGAAGAAGACCUUUAUGGUCUCGGGUUAUGCCAAGAAAUGCAGAGUAACGAGUCCGCCUGCUGCUUUGAUUCUUCAUAUGCUGGAUGUGCAGAAGCCCAAGGAAAUUUCUGGUCCGAACAGUUCGGAGACGACGCGUUUCUUGUCGUACUUUGGUGA